UGGCAGGUGUUUCCGAUUAAAGUACCGACAGUCUGCUUCAUGAUGAGUUCCACACCCUCGAGGUCAUACGCAUGGCGAUUCGACUCAUCCUCAUGUGCGGGUUCGAUGUCAGUGACGAGCAUGAAGGAAGUAGAGCUGUAAAGACUUGUCUCACUGGACAGCGACGAGUUUUCUCUAGGUAUGACCGAAGGUCGAGUGUGCAAAUGGGACACCUUACUCGACUGCACAAUCAGGCGCGGGAGAUCAAGAAGCUCACAAUGGUUGUCCCGGACGAGAGCGAAGCGGAGCAAGCCGAGCGUCUCGGGUGGCUCGCUGCCCUGCGUCAAAACCUUCAAGAGUACCAAACCGGGUUUCGUUCGUACUUGACUACUCUGAUCGAAGUCUAUCAGAAUGGCACCAUCAGCCCAGCUUCGGCCGCAGGCCUCCUGAAGCCCGCGCUAUGACAUUUGCAUACCGUCAGAUUGCCCGCUUGGAGGUCCAUCGAAGGCGAUCGACGACGGGUACCCCUGGAUAGAUGAGCCGGCCAAGACCGUCGCAGACUUACCGCCGGAGGAGACUGACUACUGUGACCUGAGCGUCGAGAAAGUCCGGCGGUUCUGAGAUACCUAUUUCGAUGAAUGCGUCUACUCGUGGUUCGAGCCCGUUAUAGGCGUCAUCCACAUCUAAGAGCUGAUUGCAGAAGGCUCGUACACGCGCGAGUACUAUCAGUGUGUAUUCUUAGUACUUCGAGCAAUCGCGGAUCGCAGACUGAUCUAAAGGUUUGACACACCAGCUUCGCGUUCGCCAAGGUUUGCGACGCAGCUUACCAUCACGCCCUCGCACCAAAGGCCAUCAUUAAUGAAGACUUCCUUUCGACGCCA